ACGAUCAACAAUCUUCUCACUUCGAAUUUUUUAUUAACACGAACUUUUCGAUAUGCAAAGUUGUUUUAAUGUAGAAACUAAACCACAGCAUCCCCCUGUCUCUUUUCCUUAUUUUUACGCUGUCGACGAGAGUUUUUGGAGUUUAAGCAAUUAUAUCGAUUGGAUUUGUAAAAAUAUGCGUAUUUUACCACAAUAUAAGACGUGUUUGGACGAUUUUUAUGAUUCGUUGAAGUGGAUACAUGAAAAUAUGGUAAUCGCUUCGUAUUUUCGCGAAUGUGCUGGGAAACUUAUAAUCGAUAAAGAGCUUCCUGAGACUAAAGAACUUAUUCGAGAACUAAAAAUACAAUAUGAAAGAAUUAAUAAUGAAAGAUAUAGAGAAUCAUAUAAGGGUGCAGUAAAACAUGAUAACGAUUAUUUAAAUGAUAAAUCAAUGGAUGGUUUCGAAUCAACAUUUGAUGAGCCCUACAAAGAUACAAUAAUGAACGAAAUGACUCUUAAAGAAGAAAUUAUGUUGCCAUCAUCAAAAGGGUUUAAUUUUUAUAAGGAUUCUUUUGAUUAUUUACUCUCUUCUGGUGUAGAUGUUUUUGAAACUUUCCAUAAUUACCAAGCUAAAGUCUCUAAAUCUUGUAAAUUCAUGACGCCUGCUUAUUGGGGAAUUUUAGACCUUACAAAUGAAACCUUGAAUGGUACAGAUUUCACAGAUAAGGAUAUAAAAGAAUUGGCCCAGGAUUUUGCAAACAGUAUUAAAUGGGAAUCCGUGCCGGCAGAGGAAAGUGUCCAGGAAUACUUCGAUAAUGGUUGUAAAAGAAUCUAUGAAAUUGAUGAAAAUUAUGAAACAUUAAAAAAGUUGGACAAUGCUAUUCAAUAUAUAAAAAUAAAUACAAAGGGUAUAUUAACGGAAGAAGAAUUAAAGAUGAGUUUAAUUUUCCCUUUAUUUCGUGGUAUCUUUACAUCUGAUCAUAUUCAAAAUGUUUGGUAAGGGAGAGAUCAAAGUGGAUUCAUUAAAUACACAAAGAGUCGAUAUGAGAAGUAUUUUAAUUAGAACAUCAAAUAAAUUUGAAGCGAUUUAUGGAAAGGUCGUCGGAGGACUACAACCUAUUGUUGUUCCUACAGCCCAUGAAGAAAAACGAUUUCUUGAUAAAGUAGCACUUAUGAUCGUCAUGCGAGAUAGUCUCAACGAU